CUUUCUUUUCUAUACUCUUUGUCUUUACUCCUUUGCGAUUUUAUCGAAAAAAUUUAUUUUAAGACCUAACCUAAGCCACAAACAGCAUUAUGCCAGAACUGACAGAAUUAGACAAGGCCACAGCCUCCAUGACAGAAAAACGCAAGGAGGAGACUGCAUCAUCUGACAGUGACUCAGAUGACACAAUCCCAGAGUUGGAAGAUGCCGGUGCAACUGCUACCGGUGGAAUCACAAAUCCAAUUGGGGGCAUUGAUGUAGUUUCAAAAGCAAAACAAUCUCGUGGUGAAAAGAAGGCUCGUAAGAUUAUGAGCAAGCUAGGACUUAAGCCAGUCACAGGUGUCACUCGUGUAACUAUCAGGAAAUCAAAGAACAUACUGUUUAUGAUCAACUCGCCAGAUGUUUACAAGAACCCACACUCGGACACAUACAUUGUGUUUGGUGAGGCGAAGAUUGAAGAUCUGUCGCAGCAGGCCACCAUGGCUGCCGCUGAGAGGUUCAAGGCACCGGAAAGUGCUGCCACUGGUAACGACACAACUACAUCCGGCACUACCGUAGCGCCAAUUGCCGAAGAAGAAGACGAGGAAGGUGUGGAUGAAACUGGAGUUGAUGAGAAAGAUGUGGAAAUAGUGAUGUCACAAGCAAAUGUAUCUCGAGCGAAGGCUGUCAGAGCAUUAAAGAAUAACCAGUCGGAUAUUGUGAAUGCUAUAAUGGAGCUGACAAUGUAAUCCGCCAAAGCAGUCGCAAGAAUUAUUUGAUAACUCUAGCAUUAAGUUAAUACAAGAUACCAACGGAGUGUCUAAUAAUUGACUUACUCUGUGUUGAAGAUCCUUGUCUCCAGCUUGAUAAAAUGGUGAAAGCCAAAGAUAUGUGUGGCAGUGGUAUGAAUUGUUGUUCAGAAGAAUAUGGGAAUGUAAAUAGCAGAAAUGAAUAAACUGUAAACCAACUA